UACAUCCAAGAAUUCCCACUCAAAAGUGAAAAGAAGCAAAAGAAAAAGGUAAAAACAUGACCAACCGAAUUUGACAAAACUUAAACUGCACCCUCCAUUAACUUUCACACAAUUCUCAAUCCUCUCCCUCUCCGUUCUCCACCGGGAUUGACUGGAAAUGUGUCCGUUGAGGCUGAUUCUGAUAUUUCUCUCCGCCACGCUGGCCGGUUUCUUCGUCCUCAGAAACCUCAAGUCAGAGCAACCCCUCCAAGUCGUCGAUACCGACACCGACACCGACGAAAACGUCGUCGUCAAGGAUCCCAAUGCAAGCAAGGUGAGCAAGGCGUUCUGGACCUGUGUGGACAUGGCCAGUGGUCGCUACCUCUGGAGGCAUUUGGUCUCUCCGUCUUCCAAGCGCUCCGAUUGAUCUCUUCCAAACCCACUACUGUUGUACUGUUUUGUAGGUACAUGGCUGAACCAUGAAAUUACCUCUGUGAUGUUGAAUGUGUGAUCUUAGAAUCAUUUCAAUAACACCUAUGUUGUUGUUGUAUGGCUAAUGUUGUUGGUGAAUUUGUUGUCAAAAUUUACCCUAUACUCUUGUAUAGAUUUGUGGGUCGUUUGUAUUUAUUAAGAACUCAGCGGUCUUUCUCUUAAAUUAUGUGACAAUAAAGAAAUUUUAAUUGGUGGGGUGGAAGCAACCCUGCAAUUACUUA